UGUUAGUAGCUGCUGGUUUGUUACUAAACAUAUUAUGUUGAUAUUUUUACCCUGUAUCAACUUCAAGUACAUAAUUAUGAGAUGAAUUAAUCCGAUAAAAUUAUCUCAUCCACUAUCUCCAUUAUUUCCCACAUGGUUGACUUUAUUUUAUCACAUAUUUCAAUUUACUGAGUUAUCGCACAUCGGCUAUUCAUGAUUAAAAAGCCAUUUUACGCUAUCGCUCCCUUCCUUGUAUCGGCGAUAAGCUAUCAAACGAUUUGAAGCUACUGCUGAAAAAGUUAGCCCAAUUCCUUCCCUUACUUUAGUACUGCUGUUCGACAAUGGCUGACGUGAAGGUCGAAGUAUUGCCCGGACCAUUCCUGCAGCUCGGCGAAGGGCCACACUGGGACGGUGAGUCACAAAGUCUUUACUACGUUUGCAUUCUCAGCAGCACGCUGCAUCGGUACGAUUGGAAGGAAAACCGCACCUACACUGCUAAGAUCGAGGGCAGCACGUAUGCCUCAUUCGUCAUUCCGGUAAAGGGACGCAAGGGAGAGUUUGUCGUUGGCAGUGGUACGCGACUGUUGCUUGUUAGCUGGGACGGGUUAACCGGGUCAGCCACGAUCAUUCAAGUGCUAACCGAUCUCGGUGAGGAGGAAGCCGAUCAUCGCUUCAACGAUGGUAAGGUGGACGGGCAGGGUCGGCUCUAUGCCGGCACAAUGCUCGCCGAAGACUCCCGCAAUCACUUCGAGAUGGACGACGGUAAGUUUUACCGCUUCGAUGCAAGCCGCGGGCAAAUGGUGCCACUCAAGAGCAAGGUACACAUCUCAAACGGGCUGACCUGGAGUGCGCGUACCGGCAAGUUCUACUACAUCGAUUCGUUUGCAUUCGACAUCAAAGAGUACACGGUGGAUGCGGAAGGAAAUCUCGGCGACGAAACGGUGCUGAUAAAGCUGAAGGAUGACGAAGCGGCAACGGAGUACAUUGCGGACGGGAUGACGAGCGAUGCCGAGGGCAACCUGUAUGUGGCCGUCUUUGCUGCUUCGAAAAUCAUCAAGAUAAAUCCAGAGUCGGCAAAAAUAGUCCAGGAAAUAGCACUACCCGUUGCGCAGGUAACGUCCGUCGCAUUCGGUGGUCCCAAUCUGGAUGUUCUGUUCGCUACGACGGCCGCCAAGGAGAUAUCCAUCCCGCAGGAUCCACCAGCCGGAGCCGUACUGAAGAUUACCGGAUUGGCCGCACGUGGCACUCCAAUGAACGAACUCCUGCUACCAACCACCUCAAGCGCAUCUUCCUAAUCCUCCCUGUAACAAACAAAACAAAAAAAAAAACAUCAACCUCAGUGCGACAAUUAAUUCAAACCCAAGCAGAAGUUGGAAUGGUUCAAUGGGUGUCCUUUUAUUCCGCAACUCUUCCCCAUUGCUCCUGCACUCUCGGUCACUCGGUGAGUGUGAAAUUUUGGAGCUGUAGUAAUCAUUUCAAUUUCCACUCGAUAAGCGCCACAACGCAAUGGCCGGGCGAAAUAGUGUCGCAAUCUUGUACGAGCUUGGUCCAUUCGGCAAAAUCCCUCCAUUUGGAGCAGCGUGGACUUGUCUAGCCGAGUCGAGCCGAGUUGGACACGGUAUGAUUUGAUCACAAUAACAAUAAGUGCACCAAUUUCGACUAAAUGUUGAAUAAAUAAAGGAUUUACAUACACCCCAGGAUCUAACCCGAAACCGUUGUACAUGUGGACGUAGUGAAGGCACGGGUUUUACGGGCAGGCCCUUGACAGAGUGUGAGAGAGAGAGAGAGAGCGCGCGAAGAUUCUA